AAGGAGUCGUGACCCAGUUUGAGAAUAUCCCAUCAUGCACUCCACCAAAACAUUCGUCUUCCGUGUGUGCAGCCUGAGAAGCAAGAGACGAAUAGCGAUUCGUCGGUUUACCGGCUUUGGGCGGGUAAGAGAGUUUGUUUACUCCCCAUGUAUCGCCCACACAGUCAACCCCCGUGAAAGGAUAUAACCGCUCUUCGGGAAAUUUCAUGGAGUCUGUGCACGGGGAAGGAAAUUGCUAUCCAUUCCAUUCACUAUUGUGGGGACCAGCUAUGAUUUCUGUGGCAGGUUGAACUUAUGCAGUCCCAAUCAACAACAUGCCAUUGAGCUUGUACACAUUCUUUUUCCAUCACAAACUGGUUGAUGCUCGGAUAGGAUUGACUGAACCUCUUUUCGUACCGAAGUCAGUUUCUUGCUUGUUUGAAGUUUGGUUACAUGGAUGCACUAACGUGUUUGGCGUCAGUCGUGAUGUUCAAAGCUGCGAUUGUUCGCCAGAUGUAAAUAUUAUCGACCAACAAUGACAGCUGAAAUGGAUAAAACUUCGUCUUCAACAAAGCGGUCAACGCUUCGACGCAGUCGUACGAUAACAUGUAAUGUGUAUCCAGCUACACGACCUGUCCAGGAUCGUCCAGUGGACAGGACAAGAGAACCUUCACCAAACGACGAGACUUCCCCCAAGUCAUCGUGUCAAGCACUCCGACACGCAGUUUCGGCUUUAACGAGACUGGACGAUUUCAUAUGCGAGAAAAUUGGUGCCGGCUUUUUUUCAGAGGUGUUUAAGGUGACACACCGUACCACAGGACAGGUGAUGGCCUUAAAAAUGAACACGAUGACCAGCAACCGUCAUAACAUGCUACGGGAGGUUCAGCUCCUGAACCGUCUCUCACAUCCCAACAUUCUCAGGUUCAUGGGGGUUUGUGUUCACGAAGGGCAGCUGCACGCCUUGACUGAGUUCAUUUCUGGAGGGAGUUUGGAGCAGCUGCUGCAAGAGGAGGAGGAGCUUCCAUGGACACAGAGAAUUCAUCUGACCCAUGGGGUGGCCCGCGGUCUUCACUACCUGCACUCCAUGGGCUUUAUGCAUCGUGACCUCACCUCAAAAAAUAUUUUGAUCAAGAAAGAAGAUAACCGGAGCUAUCACGCUGUCAUUGCUGACUUUGGCUUGGCAGCUAAAAUUCCAGACCCUCUAAAUAAGGAAAAACUGCCAGUGGUUGGGUCCCCUUACUGGAUGGCACCAGAGGUCUUGCAUGGGGAUUUCUACAAUGAGAGGGCUGACAUUUUCUCCCUGGGCAUAAUCAUGUGUGAGAUUACAGCUCGCAUAUCAGCAGACCCAGAUGUCAUGCCCAGAAUGCAGAAUUUUGGAGUGGACUAUGUGGCCUUGAGUGAGAUGAUUGACUAUUGUCCUCUGGAUUAUCUGCAGUUAGCCUUCAAGUGUUGUCAGGUGGACCCUAGCAAGCGGCCUGAGGGUAGUGAGAUAAUUGAUUGGCUGGAGAAGAUUUACAGGAAUCUGCAGAAUGAUAUUGUUACACAGCAAGAAAAAGAGAAAACAGAGCGCAGUGGUCAUAAACGUUCGAGAUCAGAGGACAAUAUUUUACAAGCAAAUGACAGUGAAGCAGACACCAGCAAUGAGGAUAUCAUUGUUACACCACUUCUGAUUGGACAGGUGAUGAGUCGAGAUGAUCCAUCCUAUGAACCAUCAAGCACCAACCCCUUUGCAGCCAUUCAGCGCUUUCGACAUGGGCGCAAACUAUUGGGUACAUCUAUGGAUUAUUCUACAGACCUAAUUUCCCCAGCCACUCCAUUAACACCACCUUCCACCCCAGGCUGCCCUGAUUUCAAAUGUGCAAGAAAUCGAGAUCAUACUGAUGGGAUGGCAGUCAGGCGUUGUCAGUCACUCCCUUCAUCGCCAGUCCUUCUUCGUAGAGCAGCAGAAAAACUGCAUCAGGAGUCACUGCAUGGAAGUGCACGCUACUGUUCUCAGCAGCACCAGAGUGGUUUACAUGCCAUGCGAGCACGCUCCAAGAGUACUGUACUGGGUGAGGCACUGGCUGCCAGGUUGCAACGGGAGCUGUCUCCUGGCCUAAUUAUACAGCCUGUCAUGUCUACUUUUAUCCCCGAGUCUCAGCAAGAAGCAGAACUCUUGGAGACCGAAGGGACCUCUGUCUCAAACUACAAUAGCAGCUGUGUGAGAGGGGUGAAUGGCUUGGAAAGAAAUACACAGGACGAAGUGCUUGAUUGUCUGGGGCAAAGUCCAGGGAUACGGAGCUCAGUCCCUGGGGCAGUGUACAUCACCCCUCCUAGCAUGGCCUGCACAGCAGCAAACAAACGCAGCCUACGUAAGACGAAGCAAAAAAGUUUGGACGAGGACUGUGAUGCCGUGAUACACCAUCCGCAGAGAAAUGGCCACGGGCCAAGGGAAAAUGGAAACUAUUCUCGAGUUUUAUCAAGCAAGGGGAAUGCAGUUGCUAGCAGUGCUGAAGAGACGAGGGACAAAAAAGUGCUGCAGUUGGCCCCACGGGAGGUGAGUCCUGCCAGCAUGCGCAGCUCCUGUGAAUCAUUCAUGUCUAUUGAUGAACACGACACGUCAACACCAAGCUCCUUGUCCAGCUACAGUGAAGCCAAUGACUAACCUCUACAGGAGACAGAUCUACUCUUGCUGUUUGCAAAGCUUUUGUGUUAUGUAUCAUUAUGGAUAAGGAGAUCUGUGAUGACAACACUAUGAGACAAACUCUGUUCAGCUUCCUGUGCACACAAAGUAAACAAAAAAAGAAAUAUCAUGUGGACUAUUGAGGUGUUUCCUGCAUUUGAUGUAAUGCACUGCAAUCAUUUUCACUUUAGCAUGAAAAUGAAAAGUGGUCAGUAGACUUGUUCAUUCAAAAUUCAGAGCAACAGCAGACAUAUUCUUUUGAAGGCUCUUGUUGUUUCUGGUUCACCUGUGAAAUUCAGGGAAAUGGAAAGUGCAAUUUUUCAAGUACACAGUAUUUCUUGAGGUAAACAGAAAUAUGUAUAGCAACAACAAAAUGUUCAUCAAAUAUGGCUCUUCAGUUCAUGGCUUCAUUUUAGUUUUAUUGUAAAGAAACAUAAUACUUGUGCAACAAUGGAAAUAGAAAUUAUAACUGUGCCUUUUUAUUUUCUCCUCAAAUAGUUGUAUUUUUUUAGACUAGAAAAAAUGUUGCACAAUUUUAAGCAUCUAGCUAAUCAGUCAGUAGGCUUUGUUUCCACUUACUCUGCUUUUGAAAACUUAAAUGAGCAGUUUUUGUUUCUUAGCUUUGAAAUCCACCAGCCCAUAGUGUUGGUUCCUGGAGAAUGGUUUUGUUAAGAGUGCAGGGUGAUAACUAGUGAGCUGAAGAUUAAGUAUGUCAUGUGCACAGACCAUUGUCAACCUCAAGUCUGUAUAAUGUUCUAGGAGCAAAGCACACAGCCCUUUCAUCUAAUCUUUGAAUGUCCAGCAGCAUGUUGACACUUUUAACCCAUGUGAGAGCAAAAAUAAAUUUUCAGAUUUCCAUGUAGGGUUAAGGUAAAACUGUUCCUCUCCCUACCCUAUAAAGUUAUUUGGGUGUGUUCUAAUGCUUUCGCGUUAGUUCUGAUAACAGGCAAUCACUUGUAAAUGUAAGAAGCUUAAAUAAGAUUUGUUCUACUUUGCUUGCAAACUUUCUCCAACAACUGCCAUAGAGCUGUUUUAUUUUAUGUUGUAUAAUGGCUUAAUCAUCAUAAAUACAUGAGAUAUUUCAUUUUUUUCAUCUUGGUCCGUCCAUCUUUUUUUUUAAAGCAUCACUAGUGAUAAUCUCAUAAAUAAGAUGAUCAUAAAAGUUUUGACAAUUAAGGCAAAGUGCUUGAGUGAUUCUUAUUUUUGUCAGACCUGUCGUCUUUAAGUCAAUAGGCCUUUGCCUCUGAAGCUUUGAGUCAUUAUAACAGUCUCUUAUAUACACUCAUUUCAUCAGUUAAGCCCAAAAGUUAAAGUAAAACUCUUUUUGAAAAAAAAAAUCUGGCUAAUUCUGAAAAUUAUAAAUUGAGGCCAUAGAACUCUUUGCUGGUAAAACAAUUGUCUUGAGCUUCAACUUGAUGUUAUUGUUGCAGGUGCCAAAAAAAAAAACACAAGCAUCCUUUUAUUUGGGUGGUCUUUGAAAAAGGCAUUGUUGACAUGGAUGAGUCAAAUGCAGAAUAUUUGCAUAUCAUCAGAUACUGUAGAACAACUGAACCUAGGAAGAUUUAUUGUCUUUUGGGCUGGUGGGUCUACAACUCUAGGAGGAAGUAAGUUUUCGUCAGCAGGAAAGAACAAAGUAAGAAAAAAGACUGGAAUUAUUCUUUUUUAUAGUUUUUAUUUUGGUCAACGAUAAAGUUCAGGUAAAAAUUGCAGUCUUUUCAAAAUUGAAAUACUCUGAUGCAAACAUGUUUGGAUAGCUUUUGAACUCCUUCCAUAAGUGCCAAAAAAAGGCUUUUUAGUGUUUCUAUCCCAAGGCCAAACUUUCUAUUACAGGUAUAUAAAGUGUGAGUUGCUAUAGAUUUAAACUGAUACCAGAUUAUUCCAAAAACACUUUUGUUCACUUCAAAUGCACAUCGAAAGAGUGUAUGUCUACAAGAGGGGGAGAAUGUGUGUUUGUAUGCUGAAUUUUCAUGAGCUGGACUAAUGAUUUAAACAAAGAUUAUAGUGUGUAUAAAGGCUUGAAUGCUUUUGUGUCACCUUUAUUCAUGUAAGGUACAGAACGUAAUUAUUUUCAUUGAUUUCACUAUUAUCAAAUGUAAUAAAUAGGUUUUUAAACAUGCUUUGCUGUGUGACUAUUGUUUUCUUUGCGCUUCUCCUUUUCUUGAAGAAAAGUGAAACCAUUUAGGGCUGGAAUUUACCACGUAUCUGCUAGACCUAUAUUUAAGGGAUCAAGUAAAGUAGGCAGAUCUAAAGAAUAAAUACAUUUUCUUCUUUCUCACCUUAACAGAUCUAAAGACUUCUUGGUUAGAAAACUUCACUUUUCUAAAAUUUUACUGUUAUCGCUCCUGACUGACAGCAUCUCUUGUAUUUAUAGUAGCCAGACUGAAUUAGUUGAUUAUUCACUUAAAAUUUGUUUUGCUGCACACUAAUUAUAAGCAUUAAGGUGAGCAUGUAAAAAAAAAAAAAAGAAAACAUUGAAAGUGACGCUAGGGUAGAUGUCCUCUUUGAGGUGAAAAUAUCUGCUCUCAGUUUAUUAUUAUGAACUCAGUUUAUUACAGCUUCAUUUCUGCAUCAGCACAACACAAUUUUCUGUUGUCUUCUUUCAUGUCACCACAGUGGAAUUGCAGAAAUUGAACAACUUUAUUUUUUAAUUUCAACUUUAUUUAUUUAUGGUUAUUCUUGUUUCCCUUCAGACUGCUACAGCUGGAUGAGUGUUCUUUAACCUUUUGCCCACAUCACAUAGUCCUAGAGGUAUUUUACCAGUGACAAAAACAGCUGUAGGCAGAUUUUGAGAGAAUGUUGAAAGACAGUGAGAAAAGAGAAUCCAACAGUUGAUGAUGGGCAUAUGCAUAGCAUAAAAGUUUGGGAUGAGGGCUUUAUUAGGACAACAAGUGGUUUGCCAAAUAGCAAGAUUUUGACUUGCUUACAUACAAACACUCUGGUUAAGGUGAUGUUUUGCUCAUAACUAUUUAAGAGAAAUAACCGCACAAUCUUUUGGAGUUCCUCAAGGUCUUUUUUUUUCCUGUUGCUCAUACAGAUCACUCCAGAAUUCCUCAUUUGUUUAUAAAUGGAUAAAGCCAUUUGCUGCUAAUAUUCUUGUGUAAAGGAGAAGAUAUAUAUUUCCUUUCUGCAUCAACAUUUUAUUUGAUAAAUUUCUCUAUUCAUUACUUAUACUUCUUCACUAGUGUUACUAAACAAUAAAACAGGUUGCAUGAGGAAAGGAGGAAAUUAGCAGAAGUGUGAAGCUUGACCAUCAUGUUUUAACUAUGAAGAUGGUGAAAUCCUGCUCUUUCGAAGUCAUUUUUAUAUCUUUAAAUCUUUCUACAGGCAGAUCAGCAGCAAGGCAGAUUUUUUUUUUAUCCAUAUCAGUUAACUUUCUAAUAUAACUUGCUGCUUAUAAUUCACAGACCUUUGUUUGAUUGUGAAGCCAUGUUUUAUUGGUAGAGAGUAUGUUUGCGACUUGUAAAAUUUAAAAUAUGUAUGUUUUAUGCAAGCCCCAAACACUUAUUCCUUGCAUAAAUGUGAGAUUCUCUUUGCAAGACUUCUUUUUUCUAUUUUUGUUGUGACAUUUAUUGUUGCUAUUUGUGUUUAAUUGGAAAGUGUUGAAAAAUGUUGUAAUCUUUUAUUUUGAGAAAGUCAAGGGCAUAUAUGUUGCUUUUAAGGUUACUGUAAGCAAUGAUUGAGUUGUUAAAUAUCAGUGUUUAAGGAGCAGGGUCUUUAUGUGUUGUCUAGAGUGUAAAGAUGUUUGAGCCGCAUAUUCUUUUGGGCACUCUCACUAGGGAUGCUAUGUCUAAAAAGAAAAUCUCAGAUUGGUUUCCUUACUACCAUUAUGCCAUGUUACCGAAAAGUGUCUGCGUUGAUCAUUAUCAAAAGCCUUCACAAUGCUGUACACCAUAUACACCUAACCAGUGUGAAAAAACGAUCAGUUCACAAACAUAAGUUUAUUUAUUUCUUGGAUGCAUCACUGGCAAGAAUGGGAAGAUUAAAUGAUUUCUGUGCCUUGUGUCAGAGAAGCUCUUGAGUUACAUCACUGCAAACCCUGUUUGUAGACAGCUGCUGGCCUUGCAACUUUCGUCCAAAAUUUGAUGAGGAUAUAAUUGUAGUUCUUAAUUUACUGUAGUUCCUUAUUUAUUGGAAAUUAUUUGAGGAGUGGUGAUGGGAAAACGCUUUUAUUUUUUACCUAAAAAUAACCAUGGCAUGGAAGGGGUUUAGACUGCAAAUGCCCAGCGUUGCUUUAAACAGAAGUGGCUCUAGCUUUACUAAAAUUAAAAGGAGAUUUGUGACAGUUCAUUAUGGAAAAGUAUCCCUGGAAUUCCAUCUAACAAAUGCCAAUAUAUGCACAAUCCAUAAAAUGCAAUCACCAGGCACAAAAAGGUGGAAAUAUUUAGUCUGUGAUCUUUAUGGUACUGGUAAAUGCUUGACCUGCACAUUUUCAUUCCACUGUUAGUGCUGUGUAUAUUGCGAAUGCUGCAUAUACUGUAGUUUUUUUUGUAAUAGUCAUUUACCUGUGUAUAUAUUGCAGCUUCUAUGCUCACCGAUAGCUGCUUCUACCUGGAGAUGUAGAUAUUUCUUUCCUACAAAAAUGCUGAUGUAAAUUAUUUUAGUCCCUUGACAGUGGUUGUUUAAAAUAUGUUAAAAUAUAUGUGUGUGUAUGCAUGCACAUGAUUGUGAUAUGUGGAGGAUAGUUUACAUGCACUUGCUUCUACUUGCAGCUCUGGUGUUGUCAUAUCAUAUUUUAUCUGUUCCAUUUAUUCAUUUGAUGAUUUGUGUACCUCAAAUUAUCCAAAUUAUCAUAACUGCAUCCUUUUGACUUUGGUGUUAUGUUACUCAGUCAAGUUUACAUAUGAAAACAUAUAUUUUCAGUUUCUUGAUGGUAUGGAGAAAUAAUUGCAAAGAUUUAUUAUAUCACGUAAUGAAGCAUAUAAGAAUUUAUAUACAUUGAACAUUUUAUCCACUUAAUUUAUAUUAUCACCGUUAUAAAAUAUUUGCUUGAUUGGCUUUUGUUGUGUAUUUUUGAAUCCAGAGUCAGGAUCAAAUGCUGUUGAAAUAAUUGCAACUCAGAUAUUUACUUUUUUUUUUAUUAUUAUUAAAUUACAAAGAAUUUAAAAGGAUUGGCUUCUUUGAAGUUCUCAAUUCUCUUGAGUAAUGAUGUGUACAUAUUAUAAAUGGUCACUUUCCCAUGUUAAGACAUUAUAGUUGAGGUAUCUACUAUGCACCUCCAUGUUUGUAACAUUGAGCUAGACAAAUUUUUAUUGUUUUUCUGGUUACCAUGCAAAUUAUAUUGUUGAUCAUAAUGACUUGAGAGAGUUGUUUAAGGAUUUUCACUGUUUGCUUGCAUCUAGAAAAUGCCUAAUUUUUCCAAGAAUGUGGAAAAUGAUUGGUUUGUAUUCUGCACAUUUAUACAUAUAUAAAUUAUUUUAAUGUUAAACCAUAUUAAUUUACUACAAGUUUAUUUGUAUUUCAUGAAUGUCUCACUAGUGUCAAAGCUGUCAAAGAGGGAGGUAGUUAUAAUCAGAAAAACAGCUUACUAUUAUUAUAUUAACGGUUUAAUGUGCAGUUUUUUUUUCACUCUUUUUUGAAUGUCUUAAUAUUGAUAAUUAAUUGGAACACAAAGAUCCACAUCUUGGAAUUUUUUAUCAGGUAUUGGAAGAUUGAGAACAUUUUGGGGGGAAUGCUGGGUGAGCAUGCUGCCAGAAUAUGUCAUUUGGGCAUUUUAAGUUUCUUUCAGAUUUGAGAGGUAGUUAUUCAGCCUGAGGACCUAACUGGUCAUUAACAAAUUAAAAAUGAAAAAUGUCAAAUGAUUUCUGAUAUAUUUCAUCUUGUUAUCUCCAUUGAUGUAUAUACUAUACAUUAAUCUUUUGUCAGUUGUGAUUCUCUCAUGGUUAACAUUAAGACUUCUGCAACUUGUAUUUGAAAUCAUUCUUGCUAUUUAGCAUUUGCAAUCUUCUAAAUAAGUGAAAUAUUAGGGGUAGGGGCAGAAUCUAGCCUGUAUGACAUUGCAAUAUCUUUGUGCCUGGUGCAGAUGUGAUAAUUUCAAUUUUAAACUAUAGAUUUUAUUCAGCUGCAGUAUGGAAGUAGGCAGAUGACUUCAAAGUUGGUAAUCAUGGGAUUAGCCUUCGGGAUUCUCUACUCUGUGCCCCUGUAAUCUGUUCAUUGUAACAUUAUUUCUUUCUUUGGUGACAUUCAUCCUUCAUGUUUUUUGCUUAAAUAAAACUUUUCCUUAUUAUUUAAAAAAAAUCAGCCCCAUUUUAAGGUGGCCUGCAUUGUUAACAACAGUAAAACUAGGGUAUAAACAUUGUUUCUGCCAGAAAUUCUAUGAAAGCACUUGGGCUACAAAAGUAAACUUCUUUUUGUUCCUAAUCACCCCCAGUGGACCAUAGGGCCAACAAAUGUAUAACUAAGAACUCUUAAAGAAGUCCCACAGUAUCUUACUUGCUGGAUUAUUUAUCUUCUUUGCUAUUUUUAAUUAAAAUAAAGCAAAGUAGGAAAGAAACUGCAGAAAGUUAUGUUGCUGAUAUGAUAUUCCAAUUGUUAUAAAUGUGAUCAAAAUGUGUAAAAAAUAUACACUUUGCAGCUUGGUCAUUUCAGCAUUGUCAAUCUAGUCAUUGCGAUUUUGUGGUGACACAAAGCAGACAAGUCACAGAGCUCCAUAUUUGUUCAGACGGUGAUAUAGACUAUGGCCUCAAAUGAACUAUUUAGGAAAAGUGAAUUUUGGAAACCUUAAUUUGCUUUUUUUUUCAAUUUUCUUAUUACUUUUAACUGCCAACUUAUAACCACUUCCAUACAUUUUCUUUUUACUGUUGCUGUGUUCAUAGAAUAAUAGUCGACAACCAGAUAAUGAAAAUAAAGUUGCUGAACCAUU